AUGUCGGACACCAAUCCUUCUCUUUACAGUAAUUUACUGGCAGGAUCUGCUGCAGCUGUCUUCCAGACAACAUUGUCUCAUCCAUUUGAGUUUUUGAAAACUGGGCAGCAAUUGCAUCGUUCUCUUCCAAAUGCCGAGGCUUUCAACAUGUUUCAUCACGUCAAGAGUUAUUUCGCAGGUUGCUCUGCGCUUAACAUUGGAAUUUUAUUGAAAACUGCGACAAGAUUUGCGACUUUCGAUAAAGCCUGUCAGUUGUUAAAGGACCCAGAAAACCCAGAAGCGCCAGUUAGUGGAUUGAGAUUGAUCGCUGCUGGUUCAAUUACAGGAUUCAUGGAAAGUAUGCUGAUAAUACCGUUCGAAAAUAUCAAGACAAGGAUGAUUGAAAACGCUCUCAUCCUUUCUAACAGAUAUCAGGAAGAAGUUGAAACGGGAGGGAAAGACAAACCUAGAUCUAAAUCAGUGAAUAACAUGGAAACCAAGGAACAAAUAAGGCCAAAAUUAUACAAGCAAGUAAAGAAGGAAAUAAAUCCUAGAUAUGAGAAGUUCUUGUAUUAUGAAAAGCAUCCUUCUACCAACAUUUUCACCACUGUUAGGGAAAUGGUACAGACAAGGGGAUUCACCACUUUUUUUCAGGGUAGUAUGCCUACUAUUUUCAGACAGGUUGGUAACAGUGCUGUUCGUUUCACGACGUAUACUACAUUGAAACAAAUGAUAUCCCCAAACAAACCGCUAAGCGAAUAUUAUGCUUUUGGUAUUGGAGUUUUCUCGUCUUGCGCAGUUGUAGCAUUAACACAACCAAUUGAUGUUGUCAAGACAAGGAUGCAAAGCAAAUACACUUGGUCUUUAUACAGGAAUUCUUUGAAUUGUGUUUAUAGGACUUUUAUCGAGGAAGGAUUAACAAGUCUUUGGAAGGGUUGGGUCCCACGUCUUUUUAAGGUUGGAUUAUCAGGAGGUGUAUCGUUUGGUGUCUACCAAUACGUUGAUAAUUUGAUGCUUUCAAUGCAAUAUGAACGUUCUUUAGGGCAUGAUUGA